CCAGCACCCCCCGCCACCCUGAAUGGAACAAGCGGCAGAAAAUGGAUGGAUGGAACUAAUGUGGUCAUGUUUAAUCGUAGCACAAUGUGACUUUAUGUAGCUUUAAAUACUUUAGGUACGAUUGUUUGUCCUAAGCCACCUGGCAACACAAGGGGGCGGAGCCAAUGCCUUACACUUGGCAAACAGCGAGCGCCUUCUUUACCAAGUUCCUCCAACAUGUCCGCUUUGCGUACCCCGGCGAACAUUUGACGAGUUAUCGCACAUUUAUUUAAAUGAGCCUCUCUCCGUCAUUCUGUCCUGCUUUGAAGCUUCCAUGGCGCCACGGAGGUUAGCUUCCGGCUAACUGACCGCCUUUCUUCCCCGAGAAAGACGACUUCCGGCAGUCAAAAGAUGGAGGCGCGCAAUUUGGACCUGAGUUUCAGUCUCCUCGCACAAAACAGUUCCGUGUUGUCCGACUGCGAGCCGGAGCUCCAGGAGCUCAUGCGGCAGAUCGACAUCAUGAUCUCGCACCAGAAGAGCGAGUGGGAGGCGCGGAUGGAGGACAUGCGGCUGCAGCUGCACAGUGGCCGGGAGGAGAUGGCUGCGUCCCGGGUGCUCCUGCAGCGCAAGGACCUGGAGAUCAACGUGCUGCGCAAGCAACUGGAAGACGCCCCGAAUGGCCGACAGGCGCUGGCGACCAAGUACGAGAAGCAACUACAAACUGUCAGCGAGGAGUGCGACAAGUUGAAGAGCAGCUACCACAAGCUGCAGCGCAGACAUUACAAGAAGUUUGGCGCGGAGGAGUCCGACCAGGCGGAAGUGCGGCUGCUGAAGGAGAAGCUGGAGGAGUACAGUGGCAGCUGUGUGAAGUGGGAGCAGCAGCGUGUCGAGUACCACAAGCAGCUGGCCCUCUCCGAGGUCCAGAAGGAGAGUCUGACUGAGCAGCUCACUCACCUCAAAGCCGAGGCGGCGUCGCUGGCGUCCCUGGAGAAAAGCUACCUGUCCUCGCUGAGGCACCUGGAGGAGGAGAACCUGCAGCUCAGGCGCCAGCUCGCCGAGACGCGCCGCCAACUCCAGCUCGCCGAGGGCGGGACCGCCCACGCCGCCGCCGGCCAAUCGCGGCGGCCGGCUCGGGAAAGGUGCGACGCUAACGGCGAGGCGGCGACUUCCUACGAGGGCGAGAUCCAGAGGCUGUUCACGGAGCUGAAGACUUCGGAGCGCUCGCGGAGCCGCCGUUGUUCCGGCCCGGAUGGCGACCGGAGAACCGCCGGGGGGAACGCGGCGGCGAGUCCCAUCGAGCACGUUCCCGAGGGGCGGAGCUCCAGCUCGGAGGACGCGCUGAGCUCCAGAGAGGGAUCGACACCCUCCCCGAUGGAGCCUUUGCCGGCGUUUUCCGCCGACGACGUGGUGUGCCACUUCCUGGAGCACGAGAGCGCUCUGUCCAAGGAGCUGAUGCUCACGCUGGACUCUCACAUCCUCAAUAUGACGGAGAACCACGCCAGGACCGCGUCCCAGCGCCUCAUGGCGGCGUCUGCUCCCGGUCCAUCAUGAAGGUGACCCUUUCCCUAUUUUAACCCUUUUUUUUUUUUUUUUUCCUACAAAGACACUCUCCAUCGCAUUUUAAAGGUGUGGACAUUUUGUGGUAGUCACGGGAAAUUGGCACGGCGCUAGUCCUUCUUUGGAGGAAGCACAAUGUUUUAAUGUUUGACUAUUUUUAAUUGAGAUGAUUGGGGCAAACGUAUAAGCCCCUCCCCCUUUUCCCGUGGCAGGUGAGCUGGAUUAGUCAACAUCACUGGAAAAAGUCAAAAGCAUAUCUGAGCCGUUCCUCAUUUUGCAAUGCUAUAACCACAAAGGUGGAUAUAUUUUAUUGACCUACACAUAUGUGAUGUGUGCAGAAUAGGCUUUUACUAUUUUUAUUUUGUAUUUUUAGAAAUAAAAACUAAAGAAAACCCCCCCCCAAAAAACUGGUGUAUUUAAUCACUUUCAGAUACAAUCAGACCAUGCUCGUGUCUGCAGUGAUCACUUUGGAAAAUGUUUGAACUUUUUGAUGUUUGACAAACUGUGAUGCAAUUUAUUCUCUGCUAUAUUAGUAGUGUUGGAGAGCAGAACUAAACGUGAAGAAAGGACAAUAGAUGACAUU